CACGCGACAACACGGUAUUUUUUGCUCGCUAGUCAACUAAAAUUUAGAAAAAGUUAAUUUUCUAUUUAUUUUAUAAUUUAUUAGUAUUUUGUUGGAUUGUUUAUUUUGUUAAAUUGUGGAAAUUUGUUUGUAUUUGUUUAAAAAUAGCAAAAUUGUGAUAUUGAAAUUCAUUGACAAUGCCACCAAAUAAUAAUCCAGAAGAGAUUGUUAAUCCUAAUGAGUUUCUGGAUAUACCAAAAUGGAUAAAUGAAGAUUAUUUUGUGCCAAUAUUGGAAAAAGAUGUUCCUGAUUACAAGUGCAUUACAAAGUUUUCACCAAUAGCUGCUACAGCGCCGGGUGAAAAUUAUACAUCGAUCAUGGUGCGUGUUAUAAUUGAUCUUGAAAUGAGAGAUGGCAGUUCUCAACAGGCUUCAUACAUAUUAAAAACUGUCCUGGAUGCUAGUAAUCAUGGCGCAGCUUUCGUUAGUGCCAUGAAUCUCUUCCCCAAAGAGAAACAAAUGUAUGCCAAUUAUAUACCCAAGUUUGAACAACUCUACAAAGAUGCCGGUGUAGAUGUUAAAUUGGGUCCUAAGUGCUUACAUUUUGAUGUAACACCCGAAAAGAUUACACUGGUAAUGGAGGAUUUAAAACGUAAACAAUUUGGCAAUAUUGAUCGUUUGAAAGGUUUCGAUAUGGACCACAUGAAAGUUGUACUCAAUAAAUUAGCAGAAUUUCAUGCAGCUUCGGCUGUUUAUGAGGAGCUGAAUGGUCCCUACGAACCAAUGUAUCAUGCUAGUUUCUUUAAUGAAGCAAAUCGUCCUAUGAUGGCGGCACUGUAUGAACCACGUUCACAAUUAUUUAAGAAAGCUUUGCUCGAAUGGGGCUUAGAUGAUGUUGAAACAUAUAUUUCAAAAACUCCUACAAUGGAUGAAUAUUUUGAUGAAAAUUUACUCUUAAACACUGUAAAUCCUAAUGAGUUUAACGUUUUAAAUCAUGGUGAUUGUUGGUCCAACAAUAUCAUGUUCACCCAUGAUGAAUCUGGCAAAGUUAAAGAAUCAUUAUUUGUGGACUUUCAAAUAUGUAAAUGGGGUUCACCGGUACAAGAUCUUUGGUAUGUGAUUACCAAUUCUGUGAAUUUGGACAUAAAAAUUAUAGAAUUUGAUCAUUUCAUACAAAUGUAUCACUCACGCUUGGGCGAAUGUCUCAAAUUGCUUAAAUAUUCAAAGACAAUUCCUUCGCUCAAGGAACUUCAUAUCAAGAUGUUGAAAUACGGCUAUUGGGGUGUUUUUACUGCCAAUACGAUAGCCCCUGCUAUUUUAUAUCCUUCUGAUAAAGAUGCUAAUAUGGAUAAUUUUAUGAAACCCGGUCCAGAGGGUGAUGUAUUUCGUUAUAAAUGUUUCACAAAUCCCAUAUAUGUACGAGCUAUGCUGCAAUUCUAUCCAUUUUUAAAUAAUAAGGGUAUUUUUGAUAUUACGUCAAGAAAGUGAUCAAACUUUAAUGUGAUUUUGUAUUAUAUUUUAUUAGCAAAUGUACAAACUGUAUAAAUCAGGAUUAUUUAUAAUUAAUUAAUAAACACACAUCUU